AUGGGCUCAGAGAAAGAAGAUAACACUGAGCCGUAUAGGAUUGAAGAGAGCUCCUCUGACCAGAAUUUGGAUGACCUUCAAAGACUGUUGGAUGAAAUGGUUCGCAGAACAGAGGAUCCUGCGUUAAUGGGACAUGGUAGUUCUGUAAAGGAAGCCUGUGCAGAUCUUUAUCGGAAUGUGAAAGGUUCGAACCCCGCUGAGAAUACUGCUUAUGUAGAGGAGCUACGAAACUAUGUAAUGGCUGGGUCAGAUAAAUUUCGUCCAGGCAGUAUGAUUCAAGCAUACAGUACUAGACAUUCAAAUGAGUACACUACUUGCAUCCUUGAAUACGUUAUAAGUGGUGAAGGGGACGACCAGAUCAGUGCAUAUAGGAAUAUACUCAAUGUUAUUAACAAGCUUGUGAAUGACAUUCCAUUUGGCAGAAUGUUCAAACCAGUAUGCACAAGGGAAGACUUUACUCAGGAUAUUCUGUGA